AUGGACCACAAGCCAAUGUCAGCGGGAUGCUUCCCAAUAUCCCUCUCCCAAACGCUCCAACUCAUUGGUGCUUUAGUUUACCUCCAGCUGCUCUACUUGGUCUCCUUCCUCGCGCGGCCACUUGCAAAUUCUCGACACGAGUUUCCACCAUUCAGACGACCUAUCGAUCGUAUUGAAGCUGCGAUUAUCGAAUCCCUCAUUGGUGCCGUCCCGCUGUCAGCCUACAGCUCCGCCACAGCUACAGUGCAACCGUCGCGUUUCUCUCAAGGAAACGGCCUAAUGGGCCAAACAGAUGGGCGCGACUCAACCUAUCUUGCUCCUUCCUGGCUAAGGGUUAUUCCACCUGAUAGAUACAAUUUCUCUACCCACGAGCCCAAUAAUCCAACUCUACCCCCUCAGACCCAUCCACGACCUGGCUCCUCAGUCUACGACACUGUACGCAAAAUCGGCUCUAGCGCCCGUGGCAGUAUUUCCUCCAUCGCUAGUUCGACAAUGGGACGGAUCUUCCGUUACCCAGCCCCAGCUGCGGCACCGCAGCAGAUGUCUAGUGUUGCGCAGAACCGGAAUCUGGAUGGCCCGCAUUCGGAUGUCGAGAAUCAGAUGCCCCAAGAACAUUUGGCCCAGCCUGUGCGGACAUUGAAUCCAUUCGUACGCAUGGAAGAGAGAAUAGCCUUUCCAGUAUCUUCGUCUGCGCCUGCUCGCAUCGCUGAUCAUUUUAGCGAUCCUGGUCCAGCGCCAGCUAUGGGCUUGGGUGGGCGAUGGAAGGGCAAGGGUAGGGCUGUACAUGCUGAUUCUGCUCGUCUUCCUGUUCCGUUCGGUCAACUUGACGAAGCAGACUUGGACACUGUGCAGAUGAAUCGCUCGCCGAAGUAUCACUCUAUUGAGAGCUAUCCUGGGAAGUUUCCGGUCAGUGAUCAUUUGAAUUACAGUUCUCUUGCUACUGCUUAUGCUGUUCGUGGCCGUGGGACUACAACUGUUCGGCCUUUUUCUGAUUAUUAG